GUUCAAAUUCAUGUCCAAACUUCAUAAUAAAAAUGUGGAUCUAUCCUGAGGGUGCACCGAGAGCUAUUAAAUUGAAAGCCGACGUAUCUUUGGUCGAGGACUUAGACGAUUUAGCUGGUGUUCUCACGCAAGAGAUUAAUGUGUUAAGAAAUCUCGACCCACAACAAUUUGUAUUCUUAGAUAAUGAAAAUCGUCGUCUUGCUUCAGGCACUGACAUAACACUUAUUCGUACUACGGAUAAAGUUCCACUUAUCGUUCGGUAUCAGCUCUCAGAUCGCCGAAUUUCUGUAGAUUUCAGAUAUUCACGUAAAUCAGGCAGUUGUAAAAUACCGCAUUCCAGUGGUUCCUUUAGUCUACUGAAAGAAGAAGUUAUGAAACAGUUCAAUGAUUUACAGGAAUACGAUAUCUAUUUUUUACAUGAGAUGUCAAGUACAAAUAUUCGAGACACAUUUAAUUUUAACUAUUUGAUAAUUAAUGAUGCCCAAUUAAAGAGCAAUGAAUAUCAACUUAGAUUAAAAGUCAUGAUCGAAGGUAAAAAAUCAUUCAGUGAAUGGGAACUUAACGAAGUGCUUGCAAAAGUAUUAGGAAAUAAAUAUCUCGCUGUUAAUCAGAUGCCAGUCCUUGACCUUCAAAGACUUCCCGUAGCGACACUUAGUAAUAAAAAUUUAAAAGAUUUUUCUAAGGAACUUCAGAGAGUC